AUGGAGGAUGCCGACGAGGACAUGGUGCUGUGCAACGGCAUCGGCUUCGGCGAGAAGAAGCGCCGGCUGAGCACGGAGCAGGUGCGCGCGCUGGAGCGGAGCUUCGAGACGGAGAACAACAAGCUGGAGCCGGAGCGGAAGGCGCGGCUGGCGCGGGAGCUGGGCCUGCAGCCGCGGCAGGUGGCCGUGGUUCCAGAACCGGCGCGCCCGCUGGAAGACGAAGCAGCUGGAGCGCGACUACGCGGCGCUGCGCCACUCAUCAAGGAGCUGAAGGCGAAGCUGGGCGACGAGGACGCCUUCUCGUCGGUGAAGGAGGAGCCAGCGGCGUCCGACAUCGAGGCCCCCGCCGCCGGGGCGGCCAUGACAGCGCAGGGAUCGUCCGACAGCGACUCCAGCGGGGUGGUGAACGACGCGGAGACGACGCCGGAGAAGCCUCCUUCUCCGGCGGUGACCGCCGAGGCGGCGGUGGUCGGCGCGUCGGCGCCGCAGCUCCAGCUCCAGCACGGCGAGGUGUUCUUCCACGGGCACCUGCUGAAGGUGGAGGAGGACGAGGCGGCGUUCCUGGGCGACGACGACGCGGCGUGCGGGGGCUUCUUCGCGGACCUGCAGCCGCCGCCGUCGCUGCCGUGGUGGGCCGAGCCUACGGACCACUGGGCCUAG